CAAAAUAAACACAAUUUGCGAUUAAAACUCGUCUCAAACCCAACCCAUAUAAUUACAACUUACAAGGUACCAAGUUUCGAGUCAUAGCUUAUAAGUAAUAAGUAUUAGACUAAAGAUUAGUUAAUCUAGGAUAAUAGUUACAGCUCUAAUAGAAACGAAAUCAAAAUUCAACGUGAUUCCAAAUACUGUUACUUGUUUUUUUUAAUAUUAUUGUUGUUAUAUAUGCUCUUCAAUCAAAGUGACAAAUCGGUAAUGGAUAGCGCUACUUGAAUUGUUAAAUAUGAACGGUGAUCAAAGCCCAGGCAGUCCAAUUGACAUCAGCGACCGAGAGCAAGCCGUGUUGAUGGAUCCCAUUGACCACAAGAGAGCGCGGUACCCUUACUGUAUAGUUUGGACCCCGAUUCCUGUACUGACAUGGAUAUUUCCGUUACUGGGCCACAUGGGAAUCUGCAUGUCCAAUGGAGUAAUUCGUGACUUUGCUGGCCCCUACUUUGUGUCGGAGGACUUAAUGGCAUUUGGGAACCCCACAAAGUACUGGCAACUGUUACCGCACCGAGCUGUCAACGGCCAGGCUGGAUGGGAUUCUGCAGUUUCUGAGGCUUCCGAGAUGUAUAAAAAGAGAAUGCAUAUAAUAUUCUAUGACAACUGCCACUCCCAUGUGGCCACAGCUCUGAACAUCAUGAACUACAAUGGCUGCAAGAAUUGGAACAUGGUCAAACUGGCUUUCUACAUGAUACCCUACUCCAAGUAUGUGAGCUUUGGAGCCUUCCUGAAAACCUGGUUGCCCUUCUGCAUCAUAGUUGCGUUUAUCUGCGGUUUGGCUGCUACUAUAUAAAGCAGAAAGAAAGUCGUACUGUUGCAGUCAAAAUUUGUCCAGGACUCGACAGAUGGGGAUAUUGAUUCUAAUACUAGCGAUUUUUGUCUUGUACUGAUUAAGUCAUACCUGCUUUAGUUUUAAAAUAAUCCUUUCUUUUUCAUCUAAAUUUUUGUUUAUUUCACCUUGUAUUUGAUAAUGUUUAAAUAUGGCGAAAAUUCAUUUUGUCCUCUGUAAUCUUUUCUGUAAUCCCAUUAAGACAAUGGACAUGUAUAUGAAUGAACCAAAUUUUGGAAAUUUAAGGUAUUAUGUUUUGGAACCAACAUUCAAAAUGAAAAGAGCUAUUCAUGCAAUCAUCUUCAUGGCAGUAAUGCAGUCUGUACUUUAUACUUUCCAUGGAUGUUAUUAAAUAUGUACUCUUAUUUACCAUCCAUAAACAUGAACUUUUGUUGCAUAUUUAUUUAGUUAUAAUUUGUAAAUAUAAUUGUGAGCUAUUCAAGCAUGUCUAACAAUUAUAAUAAUCACAAUAUAUAUUCCCCUUUCUGUUUGGAAUAUAAUAUAAAUCAUUGGUAAGUGAAAUAUUCCAUAAAUGAACUGUUUUAAUGAAUAUUUGAUAUGGAGUAUUAUUAUUUAAUAGAAUUUAUUAGUAAAUAUUUGUAAUUUGUGAUGGCUAAAGCUUAAUCUAUCAAAACAAUGGGAAAAGAGGAUAGGCAUGUUACAUGAUUUUUUUUAAAACAUAGGUGAACUGUCGGCAUUUUCUAUUGAUGUUACACCUAAUCUCCUAGACUUCCCUUUUAGCUGAAUUCUCUCUAAAAGUUGUAUUUUUCUAUUAACCUUUUAUACUCUGUUUUUAAUCGAAUAUAAUGGACAUUCGACAUUUUUGUAUUUUUAAAAUCAGGUGUAAUUGUAGACUUAUUGUGUAAAAUAUAAUAUUCUAGAUAUAGAACCCGCCCAAAACGAAAUGAUUAUUUAGCCAAUUCUCAUGCUGUCUUAAAACACAUGUACGAGGUUGGGGGCGAAGUACUUAUUAAUUGAAAUAAGAUUCAUUUCUUUUUUGCCAUAGACUUGUAGUAGACAUUGUAGAGGUCGUAUGUUAAAUUUUUCAAAAAGUAUUUAUUUAUUUCACUUGCUGAAGGUUUCAGUUUCUACUCAAAAAAACUAACAAGACUUAUAUUUUAUAGAUAAGUGAAGGUCUUUAAUUAGAUCAUUGUAUACAAGUGUUCAUUAUAUAACACUUAAUAUUGAUUCCAUGUAAUAAAUACAGGAAAAUUUGAAUGUUGCAUCUGUUAUGGUUAGCUUGGAUGUGUAGAAAUUAUUGUUGUGUAAAUAAACAGACAGAAGACUCUUUUGCUUUAUUGUAUAUUACUGGUCAAAUGUAAUGUGUUAAGUGAUUAUAUAGCACUAGCAGAUCUGUUUGUUUGCUUGAAGUAAGUGGUGUUCUGUCCAAUACAAAUUAACACAAUUAUAUACAUAUGUUUUUUAAAAUCCAUCCAAAGAGCAGAUAGUAAAUACUUGAUUGUAUUCGUUUUAAUGAGGUUCAAAUACAUUCUAUCAUAGUUGCAGUUUAAAAUAGUAUAUGUGCUUGGUUUGAUACUGUGGCACUUAAGAGACCUGUACAUUUCAUUUAUUUAUUAAAUAGUGGCUGAUUGUAGAUAUAUUUUGUUAUAUUUAGUUGUAAAAUUGUUAAUAACCAAAAAGAAAUAUAUUUUUCGUAUUAUUUUUUUGUGUAAGCCACAUACAAGUUAAUAGUGGACCAUUGUUUAAACAUGUUCAGAGCUGAAUACCUGUUGAAAUCUGAUUCCAAAUGUCACUAUUACAACUAAAAAAGAAAUUAAGUUAGUGCAAAUGAGACUUGCUUGCUCAAUACUCAUCUAAACAAUAGGCCAUUAAAUAAAUGAUUUAUUUUAGGAUAAUUGUCUGUGAAACAGGUUUGCAUGCGUUAGAAAUUAUGUUGCAAUAUUAUAAUAAAAGAUUAUAAU